CGAAACAUCGAAAUAUUUUCGGCACAAGCUGAAACCAAGCAAAAAAUGACCUCCAAAGAAGACGCAAAAGGCGCCUCGGUUGAGGAGAGAAGGCGCAGCCCUCUUGACCAUCUUCCACCUCCAGCAAACUCCAACAAACCUCUCACACCGUUCAGCAUUGAGGACAUAUUAAACAAACCUUCAGUAAAACGAGGUUAUGCUCUGUGCGGUUCAGCGCAUCUGAUUUCAGCCGGAGAGAAGCUGCAGAGUUCGGCACAUCCGCUAAACAGCCGCGCUCUGCUCACCCACACAUCUCCUCUGUGCGCACUGGAGGAACUCGCCAGCAAAACCUUUAAAGGACUGGAAGUCAGUGUUCUGCAGGCAGCUGAAGGGAGGGACGGUAUGACACUUUUUGGACAGAGGAAUACCCCCAAAAAGCGAAGAAAGUCGAGGACAGCCUUCACCAACCAUCAGAUCUACGAGCUGGAGAAGCGCUUCCUCUAUCAGAAAUAUUUAUCCCCCGCAGACCGGGAUCAGAUCGCGCAGCAGCUCGGCUUAACCAACGCGCAGGUCAUUACCUGGUUUCAGAACCGACGAGCUAAGCUUAAACGUGACCUGGAGGAGAUGAAGGCGGACGUGGAGUCAGCUAAAGCUUUGGGUUCGGUACCCUUUGAGAAGAUGGCUAAAUUAGCGGACCUGGAGAAAUGUGCUAACGGCAUUGGUGGGCCUCCAGGUAGCGAGGCUGCGAGGCUGUGCGGGCGGGACCGGGAAAGCGCCGGUCUGCGGCACCGACCUUCAUCUCCUCUAUCCCCCCUCACAGAUCACACCACCAGCAAAGACAGCUCCGACGAUGAUGAGGAGGAAAUCGACGUCGAUGACUGAUGCUCUUAAGCAACUUUCAGAGAUUCUUUCUUCUGAAAGCGCGUUUCUAGAUUAUAAAGUGCCAUUAAUGCACCAAAUGUAUUUAAAAGACUCGAGACAAAAGAAAACUCUCAAAAGCAUGGACAGUUUUCUCAGAUUUAUUUAUGCAAUGAUAGCUAAUCUAAACAUCGCAAUCAUGUAGCUUAUUUAUUUUUAACCAACUGUAGUUGAUGCAAAGCAAUAAGCACCCUUACACACACACACACACACACACACACACACAUACACCGUCGCCCAGUUAUUUAACAUUGAAAAUUCACAAUGUUUUUAAAAAAAUAUAUAAUGCAUGUCAUAAUUUUUGUUAAAAUUUUAUUUUUUAUUCAGAUAACUGCAGAUCUGAAAUGAAUACCCCCCAAAACGUUUUUAAGCUGCGUGUCAGUGAAGUGCGUUUAUAGGACUGUAACCUUCAACAUUUGAUACGUUUUGUUACCAAACAUUUAAUAUUAACGUUAUUGCGUGAACAAACAGCAUUCUUCAUUACUCUGGUUGCAUCUAUACAGUCACGUUUUAAAUAUAUUUCUUAUGUUUUGUAUGCCUGUAAGUGCCUUUUAAACCAAGACACCAUC